AUGCUGCGCUCUGGAAAGGCCAUUGUCACUACAUCGUGGUGGGCUGCCCUAGCGUUGCUCGCGCUCGUCGGUACCGUUUGGGCGUCCGACUCCGAUGCCGACGAUCCUACGGGUUCGUGAGCGAGCACUUCGUCGUGUGGUGCGACGCGACCGCGCAGGCAAUCCCAGCUGAUCCAUCGUCGCCUUGACCCACCUUUGAACCUCGCUGGAAACAGGCACAAUACUCUAGUAAGUAUGUCCGGACCCUUCAGAUCGUGCAUCGCUUCGACGCGUUCAAGUGGUCCGGACGCACCGCGUCGAUGCGCCCAUGCUGAAGCGGGGUCCGAUCGGCAAGCCGCAACGCGCGACGUCAGCGCGGCGUAGAGACGACUUGUCUUUGUUUCGGGGCCGCUUGGACGUUGAGGCACAUGGAUCAUGAUGCAGUGGCAGAGCACUAUGCUGACUGCGCAUGUGUGGCUCAUCGCACCUCCUGACACGUGAUACAGCAUCACCGAACCCGCGUGCUCGUUUUACAAGGUAGGUCGACCGAAGUGGCCUUCAACCCCGGUUCCUCAUGUCAUGCGCCCUUGUUCGGUGUUUCGCAGUGCUUGGUAACAUGGAGGAAAGGUGCCACGGUCGCCGUCAACUGGUUAGGGCCUCCGCCCGGCAACGUUUCGAUUGAACUGGUUCCGGUCAAGGGUGGCACGACGUAUGUACACCUUCUGCUCGACCGUCGCGUUUGGCGACUUGCGAUCGCUCAUGCUCGUACGCCUGUAUCCUCUUUCCCGCGCUCUCGGCCUGUUGCAGAUACACGAUCGUAGCGAGCUACCCUUCGAUAUCUCAAGAGGGUUAUUGUGACGGAGGCUAUGGUUUGGGAGUCGUCACGCAUGGGGUCGAAUGUGGAAGGGUCGAGUUCAAAGUGCCGAGCGGAUGGUCCGAAGUAGGAAAUUGUCCGUGGUAACCCGGGCCCUGCGCGCGCUGUGAAUUCUUUCUGACCUGUAACUGAAUCGCUCCCAGAUUCGAUCGCCGUGACUUCGCUCCGGGAUGACUCCCUUGUUGGUUACACCGACCUGAUCAGGAUCGCGCCGGCCAAUUCGAGCACGGCCGAUGACGCUCCGGAUGGGACGUCCGUCUCGUUGCUCAACAUUCCGAGCCCAACGUCCACGAACCUCGCGGGCGCUACAGUCUUCGACGGCAAAAUCCCAAGCCCAACGGCGAUCGUCACCUUCAGUGUCACGACAAUCGUCACAUCCAGCUUCACGACAACGUCGUCGACCAAAGCAAUCUCUUCAUCUAGAGCCUCCACCGUAUCAGUCGCGCCGAGCCACCCAUCUCUCGCUUCUCUGCCCGCAAGCUCGGCCAGAGCAACCUGGGUGACGCGGCCCUCAAGCUCGACCCCAACUUCCGCUGUUCAGAGCAGCUCAUGUUCUUCCUUAUCUGCGACAGUCCCCAUUGUGCUCGGUAUCUAUGCGGUUUUUUGUUCUAUCAUUUCGCUGUUUUGUACAUAA